ACCAGCAUUCAGCAGCAAACCAGGGGAGAAGGGGGGUCAAGCCCCUUUCCUCUCUUUCUUUCUCGUAUUCCCUCUUUCCGUCUCUGUACCAAUCUUGCCGUUUCCUCUCCUUUCGAAUUCGCAAGAAAAAGGGAUCCCAAUAUCCAUCGUCGCCUGCAUUUGCGCAAGAAACCGCGCUCUCGGGAGAGAGAGAGAGAGAGAGAGAGAGAGAGAGACAUACAGAGGUCUCCUCUCUUCUCUCGCCCUUUAAUAAGCAAUCAUUGCCAAAACUUGGGGGCUUUGUCUCUCUGUUAUUUUUUUCUUCCCCGUGUGUUUAUUGAUAUCAAUACGAAAGUGUUGGAUUUGGGUUCCUCUACUCUGUCUUCGUUCUAAAAUUCUGCCCUUAAUAUCCUUGGCGUUCUUCUAGCUGUUAAAGCUCAAUCUGCAAUCCCUCCUCCCCAUUCUUUAAAAACUGCAGUUAAUGAUUGUUAUUGAAAUUGUAUUUUGGAGGGGCAGGAAAGAUCAAGGAUGCACAAGGGUGGGGUUCCCCCGCCUCCCGUGAUUUCCGAUUCCGACGGGCAAAUCUUCACCCACACCCACUCCAAUGGCUCGCCUCCCCGGCUCUAUCAGCUCUGGAAAGGGAGCAACAGGUUCUUCCUUGGAGGCCGACUUAUAUUUGGUCCAGAUUUCAGAUCAUUGUUCCUUACAAUAUCUCUAAUUGUGGUUCCAGUAAUCCUUUUUUGUGCUUUUGUUUCUCAAAGAAUCGUCAAUGAAUUCCCACACCACAUGGGUCGUGUUCUUGUAGUUUUCCCUGUUGCCUUCACAGCUUAUAUUAUUUUUCUUCUCUUUCUCACCUCUGGAAGAGAUCCUGGCAUUAUUCCUCGAAAUUCACACCCGCCAGAACCUGAUGAUGACCUCUCAUGGAUGUCCAUAAGCUGGAUUGGGAGUCAAACUGGUGGCCCAUAUUUACCACCACCUGUAAAAGAGGUUAUUGUCAACGGGAUGAUUAUCAGGGUCAAAUAUUGCCAGACAUGCAUGCUAUAUCGCCCGCCAAGAUGUUCCCACUGCUCAAUUUGCAAUAAUUGUGUUGAGCGCUUUGAUCAUCAUUGCCCAUGGGUGGGACAAUGCAUUGGGAAGAGGAAUUACCGAUUCUUUUUCAUGUUCAUAUUUUCCAUAACUUUCCUGUGCCUCUAUGUUUUUGGCUUCUGCUGGGUAAACAUCAGGGGUAUAAUGUUCGCAUACCAGUGCAGCCUUUGGAAGGCUUUUCUCAAGUCACCUGUUUCAGGAAUCCUUAUACUGUACACUUUUAUAGUUUCGUGGUUUGUAGGAGGACUCACUUCCUUUCAUCUCUAUUUAAUUUGCUCCAACCAGACAACCUAUGAAAACUUUCGUUAUCGAUAUGAUGGCAAGAGAAAUCCUUAUGAUGUCGGGUGUGCUGGCAAUUUUAAGGAGAUUUUUUUGUCUAAAAUACCCCAUUCCAGAAACAACUUCCGUGCACAGGUGGACUUGGAGUCACCUUCUGUCUCCAACAGUUUAUCGUCUCAUGGCCGGGGCACAAGCCAGAAAAACUUUGACAUGGAGAUGGAGAAACAACGACCUGUUGAUAUAGAGGAGUCGGGAGAGAUACAGGUGCAGAUCGAUAGCAAUGGUGAGUUAGAGAGAUGUAGGACACAGGUAAGACCUGCAAGCUGCGAAAGCCAAAGUGUAAUACCAACCGGGACUGAAAAAAGUCUAGAAGGCAAAGAGAAGACCGAUGGAGACCAUUGAGCUUGUCUUUGAACACCCACAAGCUGGGAGAUGUCACUUUAUCUGUUUGAUUACAACAGAUCUAACUUGGCUUAUUGAAGUUUGUUGAUUAGAAGUAGAUUCCGCCAUCGAUGAUGAGACAUUUUGCUGGCAAAUUGGCCGAUCUGGUAUAUGAUUCUUAAUUUGUCAGAAAGGAAAACAGAGAAAAAGAAGGCUAGCAGGCUCCAACCGAAAGUACGAUCCGAGUCGCUGACCAUUUCGGAGCAUAUUGCUGAGUGAGAGUGAUUCAAAUGUGAAGGUUGGCUGUUAGCUUAUAUUGUUCUGUUUGAAACUUGGCUGCAAAAGUUUUAUGUACCAUACAGAAGAAAGAGCUGCCAUGGUUAUGGAUAGCACAUUCUCUUGGAAAUGCUCAUAUAUCUAUGUUUGAUAGGAAGAAAUGAAUUAGCCAUCUAUGAUAUCUUUCUUUUUACAACAACAACAACAAUAAUAACAUAUCUAGCCUUUUUUUCACUAUGUGAGGUCG